CCCCCAACGCCCCCCCACUCCAGCGCCGUCUUCGCAGGGAUAUGGAGUCACCCACGUGGGGCAGGUGGGGGGCGGGAGUUGAGGGCACUUAGAGGAGCAUUUGGGGAGCAGAAGAGCUUCUGGGAGUCCCGUCGCAGCUCCAGUUUCACUUCCCCGGCACCUGAGACCCCUCCCCCAGUCUUUGCCUCACAAGUUGGGGGGGGGGAGGAGGGGGAGGGACCUUUUCCUGCCCCCCAAGUGGCAUUUGGGGGGGAGGAGGAGCAUUUUCUGACCCUUAAGUGGGGGGAGAGGCGUGUGACACCUCCCGCCCCUCCGGGGUUGUACUAUUUAUAGUGGGGAGGAGGGGCUUUGGGGGGUGGGGGUGGGGCACAAAAACGACCCUGAAACGGCCCCCAAAAGAAACGUCUGGAAAACAAAAAGUUUCUAAUUGAAAUGAACCAAAACCAGCGACUUUGAGACACAAAUUGGGGGGAGGAGAGAGGUCUCAGAGUGGGCUUAUCUUCCCCUGAGAAGAGGCGAAACUGAGAAGAAGUGAAACAAACAAAAUGGAGUACGGCCUGCACACCAUGAGAACAACAACCGCCUCAGCAAAAGUGCAGUCUCAUUGAGACCGCUUCAUUUCCAAGAAGCAGAAGUUAAAAACAUUUCCUAAAAAAGGCUGCGGCCUGUGGUUAUCAGGAAAGGCCAGACCGAGGGUCAAGAGCUUGUAACUAUUGUUUGAACCCUAUAUCUUUUGUGUGGCGUGUAAACCCUAUAAAAACCCUUUCCUACUGAGCACCAGGGUCACCUCCUCUGACUCCUGCGUGAGUUACGAGACGGCCCGGAGCUCCGAAAUAAACCUCACCUCGUGCGUUUGCAUCAAGUCGGCUCCUCGUUUUCCUCUGAGGUGUGCGUCUGCCUGGGUAGAGGAAAGCUUCGCCUUUCACCCCCUCCCCUCACAGGCAGCUGCUGAGGGGUUAUUCGCUGCCCUGGCCAUGCUGGAGGGGAUCUUCUUGGCGCCCGACCCUUUGCAUAGCGCCCUGAGGGAGGUGAUGGAUGCACUGCGGGACUGGUGACCACGUGGGCUGUUGGGCUCUGCCCUGGAAGACGCCUGCAUCUCUCCCUUGGUGCAGCUGCUGGCCCAUGCAAUCAGGGCUGCAGAGGACUUGGAGGAAAUGUACUGAGCCUGGAGGUUCCUGAGGCAUCCCAGCACGCUGGUGCUCUCCCUGCUGCUCAGAGGCCUCGUCACCCUGUCGCAGGACUCCAAGAUGACAGGCCAGAAACAUGCAGGUGCUGCUGCCAGACAUGAUGGAGAUGCUGCCGUGUGCCAGUGCUGACAUCAAGCUGAAGGCCCUGGCUGUCUUCAGGAAUGUGCAGAUGCAUGAGGCCAGCCCCGUCGCUCUGAAGCUCUCCAAGGAGCUCCCACACCUCUUGGAUGAUGUAAGGAGCUGUGGAGCCUGAGCCCCACUGAUGGGCACUCUGGAGUCCAGCCAGGUGCAAGAGGUCUCCAUCAGCCUCUUUGGAGACAUAUUGCACACGGUGGAGGGGAACAGCAGGAGUCAGCUGAAGAAGAAGGUGUGGAAGAGCCUGAUCCCACUGUUCUUCCGUAUGAGUGACAAGGAUGUGGCCGAGAGAUUUGGCAGAGCUGAAGGCAGAGCAGAUGAGGCUCUCUGGGUCGAUCCUGGUGAGCUGCUCCAGCCUGAGCUCUAGGGUGCAGCUCUGGCAGUGUGUGGCUCUGGGAAGUGCUGCCCUGAGGGAUGGAGCCUGGCAGGAAGUGCAACAGGAAGAGAGCCAGAAGCCUUGUGAGGGGAAACACAAGUGGAGGGGGACCUGGAGAAGAAGGAGCUUCAGGACAGGGUGAUGGAGCUCUUGGCCUUUCUGAUACAGUCUCAGAAGCAGAACGAGGAGAAGGAGAAGACCGUGAAAACAUUUAAUGACACUAUGGAUAUUCUAGAAUAAAGUUGGUUAGAGAAAGAGCAUGAAGCUUCAUUGACUAAAAGUGCCAAGGAAGAGAAUCUUUUCCUCCAAAAGCUGAGAAAAAAUAUAACUGAGGUGGUGCUAGAUGACAGUGACAGUGCAGUCAGCAUUCUCUGCACUGACCCUUCCCAGUGUGCAGAAUCUGGCAACAUCCUCUCUUCUCUGAGCUCUGUUGAUGCAGAACAAGCCUUUGUAUUGGUUCAGGAAGCGCUGGCAAGGAGGCGAGGGGCAACACAGGCCCUAAAAGAAGAGCUUUCUGCCCAGUAGGACUCUAUUAAUUGCCUGCUGCACCAGCACAGACAGCAGAAAGAGGAGAGCAGGAAGCUGCAGCAAAAGUUUGAGCAACUGGAAGAGGAAUGCAAAAUGUCCAGCAACCACUGUCAGCACCUCCAGUCUCCGGUAGAGACACUCCAAAGUGACUGUGCAAACCUCGAGAAAAACAGGGAAGAGCUAAAGCAACAGCUUGAAGUAAUGGAGCAAGAAGCCUCUCGUCUGCAUCACAGUAACAUGGAGCUGCAGCUGAAGGAAGAUUCAGCCCAGGGGGAAAAGGUGGAGCAGCAGGAAAUCAUGGAGAGAGUGCGUUGUGACUGGGAACUCCUGCAGAGCAGUCAGUAGCAGAGUUGACAGGGGCUCAGUAUAAGCUGACUGAUGAAAUCACUGAUCUACAUCUUGCAACAGUGAAGAUGAGCAGCAUUAAUGAAGCUCUUGCAGGGGAUAAAGCACAACUGAAAAAACUUGUGCUGCAGCUAGAGCAGGAGAAUGAAGUUCUGUCAGAUAAAGUGAAUGAGAUGGAAAGAGCAAUGAUCUCUGACCAGGAGAAGCUGAACUUAUGUGAAAGAACAACUGAAGAGCUUCGUACAGAGAAAGCUCCCCUGGAGCAGCUGCUGAAGAAAGCAGAGGAGCAACAAGAGGGGCUACAAGCAGAGCUGACCAUGCUGGGAAAGGAAAAGGAGAAAACCCAAGACAAAAUCAGAUUGACAUGUUCCUCGGAGUGCUCGCCGUGAUGCAGAUCAAGAUGGAGUCACUCAACUAUUGGUGAGAUUGAACAGUGAAGUGGAACACGACCAGCACCUGUUCAUAUCUUCCCGCAAUUGACUCAGCUAGCACGUGUGCUGGGCAGACACGUUAUGUAUCAGCCUGUGCCACAGAACACUGGAGUUAUCGAACAUAAGGAGGGGGAGAUGUGGAACUGAAAAGAAAAAAAAAAAAUGAACCAAAAUGGCGUCAGAAACUGCAGGCAAGCUGGUCUCUCGUCUUCCUUGGGAUGAUCGCCGUCCGGUACUCAGAGCGAAAGUUCCGAAUAGGGAAGCUUUCAUUUUGGGGGCUCGUCCGGGAUAUCGACGAACACCUCAGGAAACGACGACCCCUUGGAGGGAUACACUACAUGUCUUUACGAAGAAAAUGACUGUCUUGGCAACUAAAUCACAAUAUACGAUACCAGGAUUGCGCAGGUUAGCCGAGAAAGUGGCUCAUAGCUGCCGAGCAUGUGCGAUAACAAACGCCGGGUCCAGCAAGGGACCCAAAGGGACCAGAUUGCGGGGGGACCGCCCCGGUUCUUACUGGGAAAUUGAUUUCACUGAGGCGAAGCCUGCCAAAUAUGGUAAUAAGUAUUUGUUAGUGUUUGUAGAUACCUUUUCAGGUUGGGUAGAAGCUUUUCCAACAAGAAAAGAAACGGCUCAGGUGGUGGCCAAGAAAAUCUUAGAAGAAAUUCUACCUCGGUUCGGAGUCCCCAAGGUAAUUGGGUCAGACAGUGGACCUGCCUUCGUCACCCAGGUAAGUCAGGGGCUGGCCAAACAAUUGGGGAUUGAUUGGAAGCUUCAUUGUGCUUACCGGCCCCAAAGUUCAGGACAGGUAGAAAGGAUGAAUAGAACUAUAAAGGAGAUUUUAACUAAGUUGGUUACAGAGACCGGCGGGGGUGAUUGGACAGCCCUUCUCUCCCUUGCUCUUUUCCGUGCGCGAAAUACCCCGGGACCCACGGGGUUGACCCCCUUUGAGAUUAUGUAUGGGGCGCCCCCGCCCAUUAAUGAGACUUUGGGGAGCUGGGCACAUCCUGAUGAUGAUAUUGUUCCCCCUCUCCCUCUCGUAGCCCGACUGAAGGCGCUGGAAAUAGUUAGGAAGGAGGUUUGGAAACAAUUGAAAGAUGCUUAUACUCCAGGUGACGUUGCAGUUCCUCAUCAAUUUGAGGUCGGGGACACAGUGCUGGUAAGGCAACAUCGAUCCGGGAAUCUUGAACCUAGGUGGAAAGGGCCUUACCUGGUAUUGUUGACCACUCCCACGGCAGUAAAGGUGGACGGCAUAGCCGCCUGGGUUCACGCCUCGCACGUAAAAAAGGCGCCACCAGAAAUACAUCCAAAUGAGUGGACAGUGAAAAAAACUGAUAAUCCUCUUAAGCUACGUCUACUUAGGAACCAGCGGUAAUUACCAAGCUCCCCAUGGGCAAGAUAAUCUAGUGAUUGGGUUAAUUAGGGAUUUUUGGAAGGGUCCAGAAUGCAUCUACAAUCACUGCAUGUUUGCCGCUCCCACAGGCGGCUGGGGAGCCCGUACCCUGGGGAUCUGCGUGGAUGGCUCGCACUGUUCAACCUGGUCUCCAGCCUUGCUUUGUUACAAUAAUUAGUAGAUUAGUUGUUUUUGUUAGAUGAUAGGAUUGGUAAUAAGCCCAACUCAAGUACCCUGGAGCGUGAACAUGAAUUCUAACAUUAGAAUUAUUAACAAAAAGGAGUGGGGAAUGAAAAGAAAAAAAAAAAUUGAACCAA